CUCACUGGUUCAUCAAAUCUCAAACGUCUCGUACUGUCUCGCGGUGACCGAGUGCUAGCAGUCAGCAGCAGCAGAAGCCAGUUUGUGUUCACAAAUGUUGUUGCACGAAGGCAAGGGUGGUUACGUCUUGUGAAAAGAAACAUUCAGGGAGACGCUAGCUAGCUAUCUACACGCAAGUCGUUUCAGCAUCCCUGGAUACUCAGCAGGUUAUCUGAACAGGGCAUUUGUUGAGCUUUAUCGCAGGUGGUGAAGACCAGGCCGGUGAGGAAGACUAUCAGCCAGACCAGGGAAGCCUGUGGCGGUUGACAUGACGACAGCUCCGCUGGGUGUUUUCUGGUGAAUGGAUUAGGGCGCCGUGACCAUGCGCUGCCUCGCCGCCCGGGUCAACUACAAGACCCUGAUCGUGAUCUGCGCCCUCUUCACCCUCAUCACCGUGCUGCUGUGGAACCGUUGCUCCAGCGACGCGGCGCUCGGCUUCCUCCCGCGGGCCCCGCCUCCGCCGCCGAGCGCCGACGAGGGUGACUCCAGCGUCGGCGGCCAGCAGCAGCAGCCGCCGCAGCCCCCCGAACCCCCUCCCGUGGCGGGCGGAUCCUCCGGGAUCAAGUACGAGGAGAUCGACUGCCUGAUCAACGACGACGCGACGAUCAAGGGCCGGCGGGAGGGCGGCGAGGUGUACCUCCCCUUCAGCUGGCUGGAGAAGUACUUCGAGGUGUACGGCAGGGUGGCGCAGUACGACGGCUACGACCGCUUCGAGUUCCAGCACAGCUACUCCAAGGUGUAUGCCCAGCGGGAGCCCUACCACCCGGGCGGCGUCUUCAUGUCCUUCGAGGGCUACAACGUGGAAGUGCGCGACCGCGUUAAGUGUAUCAGUGGAGUGGAAGGUGUACCCCUCUCCACGCAGUGGGGUCCCCAGGGCUACUUCUACGCCAUCCAGAUCGCCCAGUACGGACUGAGCCACUACAGCAAAAACCUGACGGAGCGGCCUCCUCACGUGGAGCUGUACGACACCGCCGAGGAGAAGGAGAGCCACGCGGGCUCCCCCGGCGGGCCCUGGACGGUGCCCAAGGGCUGCAGCCUCACGCGGCUCUACGACAAGGGCCGCGCCACAUCCGUGCGGCAGUUCAGCGCCCCAGAGAACUCUGAAGGCAUCUCCCUCCCGCUGGGCAACACCAAGGACUUCAUCAUCUCCUUCGACGUGAAGUUCACCACCAAUGGCAGCGUGUCGGUGGUGCUGGAGACCACGGAGAAAGGCUCGCCGUUCGUCAUCCGCUACGUCACCUCCACGCAGCUCAUCGCCUUCAACGGCCGUGACAUCACCUACGGCAUCGGACCCCGUACCGCCUGGUCCGCGGUCACCCGGGACCUGCUGACCGACCUGAGGAAGGGGGUGGGGCUUUCCAACACCAAGGCCGUCAAGGCCACGAAGGUGAUGCCCAGGAAGGUGGUCCGUCUCAUAGUCCGUGGCCGGGGCUCCAUCGACAACGUCACCAUAGCCACCACGGCGCACACGGCGGCCUUCUUCGCCGCCAGCGACUGGCUGCUGCGUAACCAAGAUGAGCGCGGCGGCUGGCCCAUCAUGGUCACGCGCAAGCUGGGCGAGGGCUUCCGCCCGCUGGAGCCCGGCUGGUACUCGGCCAUGGCCCAGGGCCAGGCCAUGUCCACGCUGGUUCGGGCCUACCUGCUCACCAAGGACCCGGCCUACCUCAGCGCAGCGCUGCGCGCCACCGGCCCCUACAAGCUGCCCUCGGAGCAGCACGGGGUCAAGGCCGUCUUCAUGGACAAAUACGACUGGUACGAGGAGUACCCCACCACACCGGGCUCUUUCGUGCUCAACGGCUUCAUCUACUCGCUGCUCGGCCUCCACGACCUGGCCGAGACGGCAGGCGAGAAGCUGGGGCGGGAGGCGGCCGCGCUGUUCUCCCGCGGCAUGGAGUCCCUGAAGGCCAUGCUGCCGCUGUAUGACACCGGCUCGGGGAGCAUCUACGACCUGCGCCACUUCAUGCUGGGCACGGCACCCAACCUGGCCCGCUGGGACUACCACACCACGCACAUCAACCAGCUGCAGCUGCUGGCGUCCAUCGACAACGCGCCUGUCUUCCGGGACGUGGUGAGGCGCUGGAAGAGCUACCUUAAAGGGGGCCGGGCCAAGCACAACUAGCAGCUGUGUGCGUGCGCGUCACAAACUGGAUAGGGGUGUUGGUCUUUUGGGUGGGUGUAUGUCUGCAGCCUAUGUAGCCGAGUGUGUUCAGUAUCUGUGAUCUGGUAAGGUCGCUGUGGGAGAGUGAAUGGGUGCGGCCAGGCUAUUACAGUCUCAAAGCUGUAAGCGUUUGGCUGUUCAUUAUCUGGAUGAUAAGAGAGAAUGUGUUGUUGAGUGUGUUUAUUGAAUCGCCUUCCAAGCUGUUCUAACACCUCGUUUAUUCGUUCAUUAGUCUCUCCUCCAAGUGUAUUUUUUUACUGUUUCAUCUCAGUGUUUAGGAAGUGAGUAGCUGACUGAAACUUAUUGUAAAUGGUAGAGUAUGGACAUUAUUUGGAGGAGAGGCUUUUACCACAGAAACAUUAUCAAUAGUUUUUUUAAGUGUAUAAGUUAUGCAUUUUGGAUCAGGAACAUCCCCCCUCCCCACUGACCCGUUUUACCAAAAGACAUGUUUUCUCUAUAAUGUUGAUUUGGCCCUUGCAAUUGGCAAAGACAAUAUCCUAUUCUGAUCCCAGCCUAUACCAUCAGGAGCCAAUAUAUAGGUCUGAACUGAGAUCAGCGCCUAGCUACCACAUCUUCAUCCAUCCAUCCCAUCUCCAGGAAGCCCGCCCCAAUCCCAAAGGCCUCAUCAGCACCUCACCACAAUCUCGUCUGGUGCAGGGUUGCCACCCUGCGGAGCUGCCUAAUCAGUUCAGGGGCGCCCAUGUGACUGCACUCAGGUCAGUUUUAUUGCUGUAGGACACGGUUGUAUUUCAGCCCAUCAGUGGGAGACCGUGUCCCUUAUCCCUGGCCACAACUGGUUCCCAUUACAUCUCCCAGGAGCCUGGCGCAUCAUCCCUUACUUACUGGAUCCGGAGGCUUUAGCUGUCGUCGCAGCAUUACAUCCUUUGUUUUUCAUCUGCCAGGAAAUAUCGCCACCACCUCCCCGGAGAUUCCGAGACUGAAGCCCUAUUCAAGUUAAUUAAUAAACCAUCCUAAAUUCUCUCCGCUUUUCAAAUCAUUUGACAUCGAAGGGGUUUGGUAUUGUUUGCAUUCGUUGUUAAAAGGGCGUUCUCAGAAUGGUCUUGAAAUUCUAAAUAUUUUGCUUAUCACUACAGCGGUGCUUGCUAGCGCUCGCUUGUAUGUGUGCGUAUAUGUGGUUGUGGAAUAGUGGGCCAAUUCAGGCGUCGUGUUGUGGUUGAAACGCUGUCAAUGUCAGGUUCUCAAUACAAACAUAGCCGGCGGCUGAGGUUCUGAAAGCUGCCAUAAUUCCUGGCGCACGAAGACUUCCAGCGGAAGCCAACUAACGACGGUUGGUCUUUCUUCCGUCGGUUAGCUUGUGUGGGCUGCGGCCCGUUUAAUCUCCGCGCCUGGCCUCCUGACAGGUGAAUAAGAGCGUUGCAGAGCCACCUCUAAUUCAGCCGCUUAAUAGGCUUGCGUCCUGAGAGCCUGGUGGAGGUGCCGGUGAGGCAGCGAGGUAGGAGUACUAGCGCUUUGAGUUGCUAACCAGCGG